GGUCCAAAUAGAAAUUUCAGCACGUGUUGUUGUUUACUAAUUAAUUUGACAACAUGACAAACGUAAAAGCUAAGAAAUCAACUCCGACCAAAAAGUCUAAAAUUAAUGGCAAUCGCAAAACAACCAAACCAUCCAGUUCCUCGGGUAAAUUUAAAUCGAGUAAGAAAAAGACAUUUCCAAAGAGAAAAAAAAGAGAAGAUUAUGAUGAUAUUGAUGAUGAUAGUGGCGAUGACGAACAAAUAGGAAUGGAAGACGAUCAAGAUGAAUUGGAGGUUGUUUCUGACAAGUUUUCAAAUAAAAAGUCUGAACACGAUGAAGAAUAUGAAGAAAAUUUUGAAGAUGAACUUGCCAGUACAAGAGAUCAAGUCAAAACUCAAAACAGAAAGAAAAAGAAAUCUGGUGGCUUUCAAUCCAUGGGACUUUCUAAUAAUGUAUUCAAAGGUAUUCAAAGAAAAGGCUAUAAAAUACCAACUCCAAUUCAAAGAAAGACAAUUCCAAUCAUCAUGAAUGGUAAAGAUGUGGUUGCUAUGGCAAGAACAGGAAGUGGUAAAACUGCGGCUUUUCUGAUACCAAUGUUUGAACAGUUGAAAAUUCAUUCUUCUAAUGGUGCCAGGGCUAUGAUAAUGUCACCAACGAGAGAAUUAGCUUUACAAACUCUAAAAUUUACAAAAGAGAUUGGUAAACAGACAGAUUUAAGAGCCGCUGUAAUUCUGGGUGGUGAUAGAAUGGAGCAACAGUUUUCAGCACUGCAUGAAAAUCCUGACAUAAUUAUAGCAACGCCAGGAAGAUUUUUACAUGUUACCAUGGAGAUGAAUUUGAAAUUGAAAUCCAUGGAGUAUGUGGUGUUUGAUGAAGCUGAUCGGUUAUUUGAAAUGGGAUUUCAAGAACAAUUACACGAGAUAAUUCACAGAUUACCUGAUUCGAGACAGACCUUAUUGUUUUCUGCUACACUUCCUAAACAACUGGUGGAAUUUGCUAAAGCUGGAUUAUCAGAUCCAACGUUAAUCAGAUUGGAUGUAGAUAAUAAACUUAGUGAACAUUUAAAGACUGUAUAUUUAUCAUGUAGAUCUGAAGAUAAACCAGCCUUAUUAGUCAAUUUAUUACAGAAUAUAAUACCUAACAGAGAACAAGCCUUUGUGUUUGCUGCUACAAAACAUCAUGUUGAAUAUCUUAAUUUGAUUUUAGAAAAGGCUGGUAUAUCUUGUAGCUAUAUUUAUAGUUCUUUAGAUCCAACAGCUAGAAAGAUAGCUGUAGGUAAAUUUCAGAUGAAGAAAGUAAGAGUUAUGAUAGUGACUGAUUUAGCUGCUAGAGGAAUAGAUAUACCUAUGUUAGAUAAUGUUAUCAAUUAUAAUUUUCCUGCAAAAGCUAAAUUAUUUGUACAUAGAGUAGGUCGAGUAGCAAGAGCUGGUAGAACAGGAACAGCAUUUUCUAUAAUAUCACCAGAUGAUGUACAAUAUCUGAUAGAUUUACACGUCUUUCUUGGGCAUCCAUUAAAUCUUGUUACACCCCAUGCAAAAUAUGAUGAUGAAAGUGGAUUAUAUGGAACUUAUCCUGCUAAUUUCUUAGAAUCAGAUGUACAGACAUUACAACAAUGGCAUUCGGAAUCACAUGAUAUGACUGAAAUGAAGAGAGUAUGUAGCAAUGCCUAUAAACAAUAUCAAAGAUCACGACCCAACCCAGCAGCAGAAUCAGUAAAACGUGUCAAACAAAUGGAGAAUGAUGGAGUGAUAUUAGGUGUUCAUCCUAUUUAUCGAUCGAAAGUCAAUGAUGGUGAUGAAGCACAACAAAAACUGUUAAAUGCCUUAAAAACAUAUAAAAGUCGUUCAACCGUAUUUGAAAUGAGUAACACAGCUAAAACAAAGAGCUCUGAUAUAAUGAGAGAAAAACGAGCUAAACAUCAGACGGUGAUAUCAUCAAAUAAUAAAAGAUCGGAACAAUCUGUAGAUGAAUCGUCUAGAAGAAAAAUAAAAAACACACACAGUGAAGAAAACGAGACAAAUGCUGAUCAAAUACAGUCAGUGUUUAGUACAGUCAUAGAUGGUAGAGCUUCAACAAAAUAUAACGACCCCAGCAGAAAGAAGAAAAAACGAGAAAAACUGGGACGUGAUGAAGAGAAUUAUUUAUCUUAUCAACCUGCUGAUUAUCAAACAGAAAAGGGGUUUAGUUUAGGAGGAUUUGAUCGUGAAGUCGCUGGAGCAGAAAUAGAAAUAGUUGGGGACGAUGUUGAUACAAUACGUAACCAGAGAAGUCAAUCGAAAUGGGACAGGAAGCGGAAGAGAUAUGUUAAAGAUGGCGGGGGUAAUGAUCCUACUAAAAAGAAAAUACGAACAGAAAGUGGUGCUUGGAUUCCUGCUUCAUAUAAAUCUAGUGUUUACGAUGAUUGGAAGAAGAAGAAUAGGAUUGAAGAUACUAACUUUGAUGAUGAUAAACAACAACAAGAAAAUAAACAUUUUACAGUCAUGGGUACUAAUAGAAGAUUUCAUACUAAAGGUAUGAAAGGAGUACAACAAGUUAAGGAUAAACAAAGAUUUAAGAAGAAAGAAAUAAAAAGUAAAGAUGAGAUUUUGAAAGAGAGAAGUAGAAAAGAAAGAAUACAUAAUUAUGAGAAUUUUAAACAUAAGAAAGCUAAGGGUGGUAGUAAAGGAGGAAAAGGUGGUGGAGGAAGAGGAGGAGGAAGAGGUGGGGGUGGAGGAGGAAGGGGUGGAGGUGGAGGAGGGGGUGGAGGAGGAAAAUCUAGAAAGAAAUAA